AUGUACCGGCGUCACCGGAUUCGGAUUAAGGAAAUUCUCAAGGCUGACGCCACAGCGUGCGUGGAUCAGACGAUUACGGUAGCCGGGUGGGCCCGAACGGUUCGCAAACAAGGAGCCAAGCUCAUGUUUGUGGAACUCAACGAUGGAUCGGUUGGGACAUCUCUGCAGUGUGUACUGCACGAACCCACCUGUGAAGGAUUUGACGGUUGCAAAACCAACGGUGGAACCGGUGCUUCGUUUCAAUUUGUCGGGAAGGUGGUACAGAGUCAAGGCGAAGGUCAAUUGGUGGAGUUGCAAGUUUCCAGUGCCAAACUUUUAGGUGCGGUGUAUGCCGGCAACAUUGAAGGCACGGAAAUUGGCGGCAUGCUGUACCCGAUGCCGAAGAAAGACUUGACUCUCGAACACAUGCGCGAACAGGCCCAUUUGCGCCCGCGAGGUGCCAUUCAUGCGGCAGCCAUGCGCAUCCGCCACUGCAUGGCGUACGCCACACACAACUUCUUCCACAAUCACGGGUUUUUGUACAUUCAUACGCCGAUUGUCACCGGAGCCGAUUGCGAAGGUGCAGGCGAACAGUUCGGAAUUACGACACUGCUGGGCAGCGACCAUCACCAAAAGGACAUUGCUCUUCCGGUGGAUCCGAACAAGCCCAUUGAAGAGACGGUCAUUGGCGCCGUUGACUACAGCACCGAUUUUUUCGGACAACGCGUGAAUCUGACGGUGUCGGGUCAACUCAACGUCGAAACGCACGCAUGUGCUCUCUCGGAUGUCUACACCUUUGGCCCCACAUUUCGCGCUGAAAACUCUUUUACGUCGCGUCAUCUUUCUGAGUUUUGGAUGAUUGAACCUGAAAUUGCGUUCGCCGAUCUUACCGACGAUAUCAACCUCGCCGAAGACUACCUCAAAUAUUGCGUGGAGUAUGCUUUAGAAAAUUGCGCCGACGAUUUGGAAUUUUUCGAGAAUAACCCGUAUGGAGAAAUGGGACUCCGUGACCGUCUUCGCAACGUGAUUGCCAAUCCGUUCAAGCGCCUCACGUACACUGAGGCAAUUGAGAUUCUCCAAAAUGCCGUCGCGGAAGGCCACAAGUUCGAGGAAACACCAGUGUGGGGUAUGGAUCUACCCUCAGAGCACGAACGUUUCAUCUGCGAAAAAGUUUUUCAGCAACCUGUGGUCUUGACGGAUUACCCCAAAGACAUUAAAGCUUUUUACAUGAAACUCAAUGAUGACGGCAAAACUGUUGCAGCCGCGGAUGUGCUGGUCCCUAAAAUUGGUGAAAUUAUUGGAGGCUCGCAGCGAGAACAUCGUAUGGAUGUUUUGAAACAACGAUGCCUAGAAAUGAACUUGGACCCUCGCUCUGUCUGGUGGUACCUGGAUCUUCGCCGGUACGGAACCGUCCCUCAUGCUGGUUUUGGGCUUGGGUUUGAACGCUUGAUUUUAUUCAUAACAGGUCUCUCGAAUAUCCGGGACGUCAUACCGUUCCCACGAUGGGCUGGAAAUUCAAAGUUUUAA